AUGGCAGCCCCCAUGGGCUCCUGCUCAAUUGGAUAUUUUGCCUCUACAAAGUGUGGAAUAUCAUCACUGCACCCUUCACUUACAACUUUAUCAAGAUUAAAGGACUGCCAGAGGAAUAUACAAGCUCAUUUGUUGAAAGUUGGAUUAAAUGCAGGUGUAACAGGAAUAGCAGACGUCACAUACGAGGGGGAAUUUAUUUCUAAAAGAGUGGGGUUGUUUACUGUUGAGAGUGACUUUAGUGUUUGUCCAUAUCAUAGAGAUGUCCUUGGAAUAAACUGGAGACAAAAGGCAUUGUGCCAGUAUCCAAUUCAUGAGGGAAAGGCCAAGCCUUACCGGAGCUUUACAACAACCAUGAGCAGACGAAUGUUAGCCGACUUUGGUGUACUUGUGCCCAUUGGCUCGGGAAUAUGCAGAAAAUGUAAUGGGGAAUACAUGUACUUGAAAGCAUAUACAUCAUGUACAGAAAAAAAGGAUAUCAAUGGCAAUGGCAUGGAUAUAGAGAUUGAUGAUCCAAAUGAAGACAACCCUAAUGUUAAUAAAUUUUCAAAAUUAGUGGUUACAACAAACAUGACAGAUGAGGAAGAUGAGCAGUGUAACUAUACACUUCGCACAAGAAAGACAAAUUUAUCUGCCUUUGAUAAGUUAAUAAAAGUGGUAUCAAAGUCACUGUCUAGUUAUAGCCAUCACGAUAAUUUGGUGUAUGUCAAGUUCACUGUGACAAAUGGAGCCUUCAGAGAGAGAGAGAUGAACUAG